CCCACGGCCGCUACCUCGUCUUAAGUCUAUUCUGGAUCAGCUCUUUCAUUAGAAAUGGAUCUAUCUAAAGUAGGAAGGUCAACAAAGGAACCAUGCUGAAGUGGUUAUCGACUUACCGUCCAAAUUCAACAUCUAAUAUAAUUACGGAAGAUCCUUUAGCAAUUAUUGGAUCACAGUCUAAAGUCAAUGAAAUCUAUGCAGUGAGCAGAAUAAAUCCUCUCUACGUGGACGACGAGUACUGCGUGGGUCGUAAUGACAAUAAAAAAGACGGUUAUAAGAUAUCAGUUGAAACCAUCAGCUUGGACGACGAGGCUCAAAAGGCCGCCGAGGACAAUUUCAUGAAAAGGGUCAGGUAUCCUUUGAACACGAUACCCGAGGACAGGAUAGACGCGACCGUCCCUCGUCCAGUUUGGCCGAAAGACGAAACGACACAGCUUAUCGAUGACGGAUUCAAGACAGAUCUAUCUGCGAAGAUACAUAGGAAAGCACAACGGCAGAUGUGCCUCUUACAGGAUCCGACGUUCUUGAAUUCGAAAAUCGAUUUUGCCACGAAUAAAGCCGUCGCCGACCAGGAGACGGGCGUGAAUCUGUCAGACGAUGUGGACGCAAAAGAUUGGCCAGAAAGAAAGCUGAAACUCAUGAUAAAUGGGGACGUCAAAACAGAAACGAGGUCUUCAGCCAGCAGCAGCGGCUUCUCCGAACUGACGGCUUCUUCCUCUGCCCAAACCCUCUCGAAAGUCUAUUCAUCUUUGCCCCGCAUCAAGCAGUCCUUCUUAAACGCCAACGUGGUGACUGGUCCCUUGAUCGCCCAUUCCUGCCCUAAACUUCCGAAGGAAAUUUUCGACGAAAAAACUAUUCACUUCUUUCAAAAAGAACGAAUGGUGAUAAAAGAGUUUCCAGGUCGGCCAAGGGGAGAUUUUACACUUGAUCAAGAUCAGGCGGAAAAGUUAAUAAAACGGUUGAAAAUUAGAAAACAACAGCGGUGCAUCUGUCUGGUCGUCAUUUCGUUUUUGAGCAUCGUUGUCUUCAUACUGUGUGUUGUUGUUGUUAGUCUAUUAAUUACGAAUGGAAAAAGGAUUUUUGGCUCUUUGUAAGAAAUCAAUUCAUGCACAAGUCACAAUCAAAAAUGUUUUUCACUUAAAGAAAAAAAAACACAAAACACGUUCUUACAAAAUGAGUGAAGACAACAAAUCAAGACAUAUCAGAUUCUCAUAUGCAUGUAUAUAAAGGAAUGUGUAUAAUGGAAAAAUAGUAAGAGAAAUAUGUAAGUAGGAAAUAUAGAGACUGAGACAAUAGUGAGAGAGAGUGAGAGAGAGAGAGAGAGAGAGAGAGAGAGAGAGAGAGAGAGAGAGAGAGAGACAUUGGUGACUUUUCAAACUAGGAUCAUCUUAUUAAAAUGAUUCAUCUUUAUGUCCGUUUAGGUUUCAAUCAUCCUUUCUUGUACAUAACCAUUGUAAAUAACAAUAUGCAAAUUAUUAAUUGUAAUGAGAUGCACAGUUUCUUCUUUAUAAAAUAAUUUCAA